AUGGAACUGGUCGAUAUUACUGGUCCCAUUUCUGAUGUUGCGGACGAUUCUUCUGAGAGACAACGCCAAUACCAAAAUUACCUACGUGGAUCAGAAUCACCAAUGCUCGAGAAAGGUGAACUCCGGGGCGAAUACCCGUUCGUGAACAAACAACAUUCCGGAAGAUCCAAAAAGACCCGGUCUAUUCUUUCGAUCAUCAUGGUCACUGCUCUUUUGAUGAGCUACUUUGUGAUACAGAUUGCGUGCCAAAUGCAUUCUUCGCCUCAACCAAGACACUUCAUCCUUGAAGAAUCGGAAUCGAGCACAGUUUUGCCAACUAAUGAUGAUUCCGCACCAGACAUUUUAUCAACUUUCUCUCCGCAAGCUUUCGGAGAUAGUGACCAAGAUUUCACCAAUGCUGCAAGCGGCCAAAGGAUGAAAGCUAUCGAAGAUCACUACAACAGAGUUGCACAUCUUCUUUCCGAGUAA